AUGAAAAUAACAAAAAAAGAAACAUAUAAUAAAAACAAACCAGGCAUCAAUGAAAAUUUGAUUAAUGAAUAUUAUGACAUAAUUCCACACAUGGAAAAUGAAAUUGAAAAUUUAUUAAAAAAAUUUAAUGUUAAAAAAUAUGAUCAUAAAAUAACAACUUUAUUAAUCGAUAUAAUACAAAAUGAAACUCUUAAAAUUUUAUUAAGUUCUAAAAAAAUUCAAAAAAAAGCAAAGAAAAAUGACAAACUUGAUUUUGAUCAAAAAAACCAAGACAAUAAUGAUAAUAAUAAUGAUAAUAAUAAUAAUACCACUUCUCAAGAAAUUGAAAAAAAAGAAACAAUUGGUGAUUCACUUAUUCAUCCAAAUGAUGAUUCACUUACUCAUCCAAAUAAUGAUCCAAAUUAUACUUCCAAAACAAAUUCUUUUGAUCAAAAAAAUGAAGGAUCUCAAAAUUCUCCAAAUAUUGACAGUCUUAUACAAUCUGAAAAUGUAGAAAGUACUUCCAAAAAUGGCCAAAGUAAGGAAAAUGAAACGGAGAAAAAUUCUGAAGAGAUCCAGCCCAAGGAAGAAGAAAAAAACGACAGCUUAUUUAAAAAAAUUUCUAGCUUUUUUUCAAAAAACGAUAACGAAGAAGAAAAAAAAGAUCUUUCUAAAGAUACAAAAUUAAACACUGAUAAUAGUAGUAUACAAAAUGAAAAAGAAAACCUAGUAAAUGAUACGAUACAAUUAAAUGACCCAAAAAGUUACGAAAAAAAUGAUGAACAAUCUAACAUUAACAUAUUAACCAAUAAUGACAAAACUGGUGAUGCCCAAGAAAUGGAAACAGCACAAGAUAACUCAAACAAUAAUAAUAAAAAAAGUAAUCCUACUGACAUUAAUAAUGGCAAUAAUAAUGACAACAAUAAUGGCAAUAACAAUAAAAUAGAAAGUACUGGAAAUAUUGAAAAUACUGGAAAUAUUGAAAAUACUGGAAAUACUGGAAAUACUGGAAAUAUUGAAAAUGCUGAAAAUACUGAAAAUGCUGAAAAUACUGAAAAUGCUGAAAAUAUAAAUGAAAAAAAUAAUCCAUCUGAAGAAAAAUUAGAUAAAAUCAAUUAUGAUGGAAAAGAACAUGCCAACAAAAGUGAUGAAAAUAAAAAAAGUAACAAUAAUGUUAAUGAUCAAGAAGAAAGAGAAGAAGAAGAUUCUCUCAUAAUUGAUGAAGAAAGUGUAAAUCAAGCAAUAAGAGAAUAUGCACUAAAAUAUAUAUACAGAAAAAAAAAUGUUGACUUUGUAUAUGAUGAUCCAACAUAUGAACAAAAAGAUAUAAAUAAUGUAUUUGUUGAUAGAAACAUAAAAUAUCCAAUGGGAUUUCCUCCACAUCUUCCUGAUGAUUGCUCUAUUAAUACUAUACUUCCCUCUUGGAAUAUUCAAUAUAAUUUUACAAAAAAAAAUAAAAGCAAUCAAAAUAGACAAUAA